AAAGGGAUAAGGGAAUCUGCAGGGCAGAAUGGACAACGGAAUCAUUUGGAACUUGAAAACUACAUUUAAAAGUUGUAAUAAUAACUCAAACUCCCCGUCGGAUGAAUUCGUGUCUCACUAAAAUCCGAAAAACACAAGUAAAAACCAUAUAUGUUUGCAUGAAAACUGCAACUUUGAUUUAUUACAACCUAAAUUAAGCUCUUUAUAUACAACACAUUAUAUUAAGAAGCUCUACUACUCAAAACUCUCCUUUUCUCCCUCACCCACUCAUGGCUAACAGAUUCUCUCUUGCAAUGGAAAGAACUGGCCAGUGGGUUUUUUCCCAAGAAAUCUCAACUGAUAUCAUCGUUGAAGUUGGAGAAGCCAACUUCUGCCUCCACAAGUUCAUGCUGGUGGCGAAGAGUAACCAUAUAAGGAAGAUGAUUCUUGAAUCGAAAGAAACAGAUUUAACCAGAAUAAACCUCUCAGAUAUCCCCGGCGGCCCGGAGAUAUUUGAGAAAGCUGCCAAGUUCUGCUACGGCGUCAACUUCGAGAUCACCGUUCACAACGUCGCCGCACUCAGAUGCGCCGCCGAGUACCUGCAGAUGACCGAUAAAUACUGUGACGCCAAUCUCGCCGGAAGAACCGAGGAUUUCUUGUCCCAAGUCGCCCUCACCACCCUCUCCGGUGCCCUCGUCGUCCUCAAAUCCUGCGAGGAUCUCCUCCCCAUGGCCGACGACCUCGGCAUCGUCCGACGCUGCGUCGAGAUCGCCACCGCCAAGGCAUGCGUGGAGGCGAAUUUCCCGAGCCGUUCGCCGCCGAAUUGGUGGACGGAGGAGCUGACGAUCUUGGACAUAGGCUUCUUCGAGAGGAUCGUUGCGUCGAUGAAAGCGAGAGGCGCCAAGGGACUAACUCUAGCUAGCGCGAUCAUAACCUACACGGAGAGAUCACUGCGCGAUCUCGUGCGUGAUCACUCCGGCAACGGCGCCCGCUCCCUCGAGUCCGGCGAGUCCGACGUGCGUCUCCGGCAGCGCGACAUCCUCGAGGCCAUAGUGGCCUUGCUGCCUGUCGAGAAAUCGGCUUUCCCUAUAAAUUUCCUGUGCUGUCUGCUCCGGACAGCCAUUUUCCUGAGGGCCGACAGCCGGUGCAAGAGCGAGUUGGAGAAGAGGGUUUCUGUGAUUUUAGAGCACGUGACCGUUGAUGAUCUGCUGGUUUUGUCUUUCACCUACGAUGGCGAGAGGCUGUUUGAUCUUGAGAGUGUGAGGAAGAUCAUAUCUGGAUUCGUUGAGAGGGAGAAGAAUGUCGCAGUUUUCAACGCAGGGGAUUUCAAAGAGGUUUGCUCCACUGCGAUGCAGAGAGUUGCCAAGACUAUCGAUGCUUAUCUCGGCGAGAUAGCCACCUACGCCGAUUUGAGCAUUUCCAAGUUCAACGGGAUCGCCAAUUUGGUCCCCAAGGCCGCCAGGAAGGUCGACGACGAUCUCUACCGCGCUAUCGAUAUCUAUCUCAAGGCGCACCCGAAUCUGGAUGAGAUAGAGCGGGAGAAGGUGUGCAGCGUAAUGGACCCGCUGAAGCUGUCGUACGAGGCUAGGGUUCACGCCUCCCAGAACAAGCGGCUGCCGGUGCAGAUAGUGCUCCACGCGCUCUACUACGACCAGCUGAAGCUGAGAAGCGGAGGCGACGACGAUCACAAGGCCGCGGACGCGGUGACGACGAGGAACCAAGUGCAGGCCGACACUUCCCUCGUGAAGGAGAACGAAGAGUUGAGGACCGAGUUGCUGAAGAUGAAGAUGUACAUACAAGAUAUUAAAAAGGGGCAUGGACAGGGACAAGGACAAGGUGGGACGUCUUCGAAAUCGAGUGGUAAAAAGAUUACAUUCUUCUCAUCCAUGUCCAAGACAUUGGGGAAAUUGAAUCCCUUCAAGCAUGGAUCCAAAGAUACCUUGAAUAUUGAAGAUGGAAUGCCGGAUUUGACUAAACCUAGAAGGAGGCGAUUCUCCAUUUCCUAAGUUUUAAUUUGCUCAUUAAUUGCAUUUUUGUUUUUCAUACUCUCGUUUGAAUGUGAUGAUGGAUUAAUUAAUCUUGUAAAGAGUUUGAUAUUUGUGUUUGCAUGUUUUAGUUUUUUAUGAGAAUCUUGGUGCGUGGUUUGACA